CCUCUGCAAGAAGGACGCCUGUGGUUUUCCGGAGGCUAAAGAGGAGAUGCCUUUUCCACGUGUGACUCCCCUUUCAGUCUGGUUCUCAGCAGGGGGGGCCCUAGCAGUGCAGCCCCCCCAAACGUCAUUCUUCUGAAACACGGCUGUAGCCAAUCUGCUUCGUUGCUUCACUUGCGACCGCCUGUGCGGGGGCUGCACGGCACCUGCCCCUCCAACUCGACAGGGCAUCGUUCUUCAACCUGUCAUGCCCAGCUGUGAGCCAGGACCACCUGCUGCCUAUCUCCCUACCAAAACCUUCCGCAGCUAUCUGCCUCGGUGCCACCGAACAUACAGCUGUGUCCACUGUCGGGCACACUUGGCCAAGCAUGAUGAGCUCAUCUCCAAGUCUUUCCAGGGGAGUCAUGGCCGCGCCUAUCUUUUCAAUUCUGUGGUUAAUGUGGGCUGCGGUCCAGCUGAACAGCGUCUCUUGCUCACCGGUCUCCAUUCAGUUGCCGAUAUUUUCUGUGAAAGCUGCAAGACUACACUGGGCUGGAAAUAUGAACAAGCCUUCGAGACCAGCCAGAAGUACAAGGAAGGGAAAUACAUUAUUGAGAUGUCACACAUGGUGAAGGACAACGGCUGGGACUGAGAGGGACUCUGGGUGACCCCUUCCCCUGCGGCAUGCCUCGCUUCCCUAACCCCACUGCCACCGCUGACACCUGGCACAACUAGCCCUGCCCCCCUGUCCAUGCCCCUAGGCUCCUGCACAGCAUCACCCAUGGGAGUGGACGUACCAGGACCCUUCUCCCAAACCUCCUGCACCUUCUGAAAUUCUGGAUUCACAGUCUGGAGGAUCUCCCCACAGUAAGAAGGGAGUGACAUAGAGUCAAGGGACCCAAUUUGGGGAUUUUCUAUUGAUCCCAUGUGACCUAUAUGUGGUAUGCGGCUCUCAUUACGAGCACCUGUUGGGUGGGACAGAUGGUGGAAGGAGGCACACUUGAGCUUUGCUGUAUCUGGAGCAGGGCAGGAAGAGCUGUGGGCACAGGGCAGACUCUCGGGGAGUGGCCAUAGCUCCGUGGAAGAGCAGAGGCGUUGCAUGCAGAAGGUCCCUGGCUCAGCCUUCGGUAUCUGAGGUAGGACUAGGACAGACCUCUGCCCAAAGCUCUGCUGGAGCCGCUGCCAGGCAGAGGGGGACACGGCUGGGCCAGGCUGACCAAUGAGCCUCAGGCAGCUUCAUGUGUCCAGGCACUCCUCUCCUAUCGGGGGUAGUGGGGUGGGGGUGGCUGUAUUGUCGAGGGGAAACGUAUGUCAGUCUAGCAGUGCUGGGCAGAAGAGGGCGGAAGGGGAGAAGAUCCCUUCCAAUGGGGACAAGCUUUAGGUAGAGGACCCACGAGCAGUUCCUCCCAGCACGGGACCCUGGUCGUUCACAUUCCCCUUCACCGUUCCCUUUCCCAGACCCUGCCGUGGUACUUUCCCCCGUGGCUACACAGUGGAGUCUGUGGGGUUUUGAUUUUUUUGGGGGGGGGAGGCGUUGUUGUGUGCUUCUGAUCCCCAGGCGCUAUCAUCCCCCCCCCCGUGCCCCCCUGCCCUACAUGGAAAAGGGUGGGGGUUUGUUGUGGGAACAGCCUCAGCACUGUCACCAGUGCAGGAUUUUUUUUGUAUAAUAAAGAUGUUUUAUAUUUAAAAGGGACCAU